AUGGUGGAGGAAAAAAACAGAUUUGAGAUGUUGUUUACGAGUACAAAAUCAAAGCUUAAUGGUUUGCGAGAAGUGAUAACAACUCAGUUUUCUGAAAACAACAAUUGUUUCUCAAGUUUAAUGCAGAAAUUGAAUGAGAAAUGGUCAAAGGGUUUGGAUGAAAUGCAAAAAAUGGCGAGUAAAAUGAAAAUAAUGCAUGAGUAUACAGAGAAAAAUUUUAAAAGCUUGAGCGUAUUAUUGGAUUGCUUGCAUGGCCGAGAAAUUAAACAGUUGGAAAAUAAUGAAAGAGAAGGAGAUACUUUCAAGAAAAUAUCCGCACUUGCACUUGCAGUUGCAGUUGCAUUGCAAGUACAAUUGCAUACCUGCUUGCACAUACAAAUAUUUUAA